AUGGGGGAGGAGACUGUCAUGCCUCAUGAAUCAGCAGAGGAUUUGUUUCAUUUUAAUGUUGGCGGCUGGCAUUUCUCAGUUCCCAGAAGUAAGCUCGCUCAAUUCCCGGAAUCACUGCUUUGGAAAGAGGCUUCAGCCUUGACCUCUUCAGAAAACCAGAGACUGUUCAUUGACAGAGAUGGUUCCACAUUUAGGCAUGUGCACUAUUACCUCUACACCUCCAAACUCUCCUUCUCCAGCUGUGCAGAACUGAACUUGCUUUAUGAGCAAGCACUGGGCUUGCAGCUGAUGCCUUUGCUACAGACUCUAGAUAAUCUGAAGGAGGGAAAGCACCACCUCCGCGUGCGGCCUGCAGACAUUCCUGUUGCUGAGAGAGCAUCUCUGAACUACUGGCGAACAUGGAAGUGUAUCAGCAAGCCCUCAGAAUUUCCAAUCAAAAGCCCAGCCUUCACAGGUCUACAUGAUAAAGCACCUUUGGGACUCAUGGACACACCACUGUUAGACACAGAAGAGGAAGUUCACUACUGCUUUCUUCCACUAGACCUGGUAGCCAAGUAUCCAAGCCUAGUGACUGAAGAUAACUUGCUGUGGCUGGCUGAGACUGUGGCCCUGAUUGAGUGUGAAUGCAGCGAGUUCCGCUUCAUUGUGAAUUUUCUCCGCUCCCACAAGAUUUUACUACCAGAUAAUUUUUCUAACACAGAUGUGUUAGAAGCAGAAGUUGAAAUUCUAGAAAUCCCUGAACUUACAGAAGCCAUACGAUUGUACCGGAUGAAUAUAGGUGGCUGUUCCCGGACUGCCUGUCCUCCAACAAGCCCUGGAAAAGGGGGACGUGCAGCAGGCCUGGAGUCUGUGAAGCCAUUGUACAUGAUGGCACUGGGUCUGUUGGUCAAGUACCCAGACUCUGCAUUGGGACAGCUCCGCAUCCAGAGCACGCUGGAUGGAAGCAGAUUGUACAUCACAGGGAAUGGAGUUCUCUUUCAGCAUGUCAAGAACUGGCUGGGUACUUGCCGGCUACCCCUGACAGAGACCAUUUCUGAGGUGUAUGAGCUCUGUGCCUUCCUGGACAAGAGGGACAUCACCUAUGAGCCAAUGAAAGUGGCUCUGAAGACUCAUCUGGAGCCAAGGACUUUGCCAUCUAUAGAUAUACUCGAUGAGGAGUGGACACCAGAGAUCACUGUAUAUUCACCCCAACAAAUCAUCAAGGUCUAUGUUGGAAGCCACUGGUAUGCAACCACCCUACAGACCCUGAUGAAGUACCCAGAACUACUGUCCAACCCGCAGAGAGUAUACUGGAUCACCUACGGACAGACCUUACUUAUCCAUGGUGAUGGCCAAAUGUUCCGACACAUUCUCAACUUCCUGAGACUUGGAAAACUGUUUUUACCGUCUGAAUUUAAAGAAUGGCCUCUCUUUUGCCAAGAGGUUGAAGAAUAUCACAUUCCAGCACUCUCAGAAGCCCUUGCACAAUGUGAGGCAUAUAAGUUAUGGACUCAGGAGAAAGAAUCUGAAAAUGAGGAAGCUUUCCCCAUUAGGCAACUGCACGUGGUGACAGAAGGGACAGGGUCAAUGGUGGAGCUCAGUAGAGAUACCAAGGAAACCACAGCCUGCAUGCCUGUAGACUUCCAAGACUGCAGUGACAGGAUUCCAUGGAACAAGGCCAAGGGGAACCUGGCCAGGUCCAGCCAGAUAGAAGAGGCUGAACAGUACACCCGGACCAUACAAGUCUCCCUAUGCCGAAAUGCCAAGAGGGCAGGCAAUCUCAGCACAUACUCACACUGCUCUGGCUUGUGUGGCAACCCCAGACACUGGGGGGGCCACUCUGAGAGUCCACCUAAGAAGAAGUGUACCACAAUCAACCUCACACAGAAAUCUGAAACCAAAGACCCUCCUGUCACUCCCAUGCAAAAACUUAUCUCCUUAGUGAGGGAAUGGGACAUGGUCAACUGCAAACAGUGGGAAUUCCAGCCACUGACAGCCCCUCGGAGCAGCUCCUUGGAAGAGGCUCCCCUGCAUCUCCCCACAGGAAGUGAGGCUGCUUCCCAGCCCAGCACCUCAGCUACUUGGAAAACUCAUGCCAUAGUCUCAGAGAAGGAUCCAGGGCCCCAGCCAGGGACUGAAGCUGCAGUGAAAGACAAGGGCCCAGAGCCAACCUUUAAGCCAUAUUUCCCCACAAAAAGAGCUGUUACCCUGAAGGACUGGUCCAAGCAGAGACCAAAGGAAAGAGAAAACCCUGCCCCUGAGCAGCCUCUGCCUAAUGCCUAUGGGAUGGACAAUCCAGGGGCCAUCCUGAAAGUGACUCAUCCCCCUGUGGUGGGUAGUGAUGGCUCCUGCAUGUUCUUUGAAGAUAGCAUCAUCUACACUACCCACACGGAUAAUCUCAGGAAUACACCACUCAUAGCCAGUCCCCAACCCCGAGAGGUGACAUUCCUGAGUUUCUCUUUAUCUUGGGAAGAAAUGUUUUAUGCACAGAAAUGUCACCGCUUCCUGACUGACAUCAUCCUAGAUUCCAUCAGACAAAAAGACCCUAAAGCUAUCACAGCCAAGGUGGUCUCCUUGGCCAACAGGUUGUGGAUCCUGCACAUCAGCCCCAAGCAGUUUGUGGUGGAUUUACUGGCCAUCACUGGUUUCAAGGAUGACCGGCAUACCCAGGAGCGACUCUAUAGCUGGGUAGAGCUCACAUUGCCUUUCGCCAGAAAAUACAGCCGCUGUGUGGAUCUGCUCAUCCAGAGGGGCCUAUCUAGGUCUGUCUCUUACUCUGUCCUGGGCAAGUAUUUGCAAGAGGGCUAG